AAGAUAUUGAUCAGGAAGUCCACAAUGCAGCAUUUCAGUGCAGUGUCAUGUGACGCAGUGGAGGUUGAGCAUCAAGCCCUGCCCUCUUCCUCUUCCGAGUGCAGCAGCCUCAUACUCGUGAUGAAGAUGCAGCUGAGUGCAAACAUGCAGGCCAUCCUUCUACUUUUAACUUUGCUGGUGCCCUGCAAUGGCAUCCUGCCCGAUUUGGUGCAUCCAGGAAUCCACCUCAUCCUGGGCAGUUCCAUGCAGGAGGAUGAGCGCACAGUUAUGCAAGUGGAGCAACUGGCCGAGGACCAGCAGCGAAGGCAUCCACAUAAAGAGACAACCAUUGCGACAGCAAUUAUGCAGUCAACUGAGGAGGACAACCAUAUUGACACUGGCUGCGUCACCACUAUGGAUUGUGGGAAGGAGAGGUACUGUCUGCACGAUAAGCACAAUUCCAAAUGUCAACCUUGCAAAGGCACCGACAUGUCCUGCACUGAGGAUGAGGAGUGCUGCGGUGUCCAGUUGUGUGUUUGGGGCCAGUGCAGUCCAAAUGCAACCAAAGGACAAGCCGGCAACACGUGUCAGCAUCAGGCACAAUGCAGCCCGGACCUUUGCUGCGCCUUCCACGCAGCCCUCCUCUUCCCAGUCUGCUCCGCUAAGCCAAUUGACCGCGAGCAAUGUUUUCCUAUCUCCAACCACCUGAUGGAGGAAGACGCACCCAGAAAACAUUGUCCUUGUGCUGGGGACCUCCACUGCCAGCAUACGGGACGGGGAUCCAUGUGCCUCAAAUUGGUGGACUCGAGCGAAGAGGAUCUGACAGACAGCCUGUACUCAGCAAUAGACUACAUCCUCUAAAAUGCUUCAUUCACAUUGCAAUAUUUCUCCUUGGACCCCAAGAAACUGCUCAAUUCCGCUCUGCAAAUAUCACAAAGCUACACAAUAUGGAAAAAAAAGUCAAUUGUUUUAUUUGCUUACCCGAGCUUGACACGUCUGUCAACUGCAUGACAAGCUCAAUGGACUGGAGGUGAAAAGUUUUUCAGCGCAGUCUUCAUCAUCAGGUCCAUGAAGUGUUUGUAGCCUUGCUUGAACUAUGCACUGAAGCUUCACACUCUACACUGUAAGACCAAUAAAAUUGUACCGCACACUG